CAUAGAUACGUUUGUUGGUAUAGUUUUGUAGUAGUUUGUGUAAUGCUGUUUGUUGAAAAUAAGGAAAUCCAUAACAGCAAAGACAUAGAAUGAAAUGCAAUGCCUCGGAUUCUAAUAUUCGCCGACGGAGAACUUUGUUUAGGUUACAAAUGGUUUAAACACAAACAUAAACCAAAAAGCCGCACUACAAGCCAUGGCACAUACUCAGCGAGUUCCAAUUUAUGGAACCAGACCACCAUGCGCUACACCUACUCGCUUGGAAGAGUGGCAUUCUCGUCUGCGGACGAUACGACUUGAAAGAGCACGUAAACCGGACAAGCCAGAGGAUUUCGUCGUCUAUGAAGGUUCAGAUGAGGAGGAUAACGCUGUUGCCGAGAAAGAAAUUCUUCGAACUUCGUACAAUUUUGUGGACUUUGUGAGAGGCCGUGAGCUGGGUGGGAAUGACACCAGAUGUGUGCGUGCUGAAUAUGCUUCACGUCACAUACUUACACAUGAAAUGUUUAAAGAAUAUUCUGUAUCUCUUAAUAACAUGAACAAGGUGUUUUGUUCGCAGUGGCUGAGCGACAGACAAGUUGUCUUUGGCACGAAAUGCAACAAGUUGAUGGUCUAUGAUGUCGUUAAACGUCAGUUGGAUCAGAUUCCUUCCUUGCAAGGUGUUCGAAGUUCAGCAAACCAGCAGCAAGAUCAACAAUGUGGAAUCCAUGCUGUGCAGAUAAAUCCAUCAAGAACAUUGCUUGCAACUGGAGCCCACAGCUCAAGUGAAAUAGCCAUAUAUAAGCUGCCCACACUAGAUCCUGUUUGUGUGGGAGAGGGUGCGCAUCAAGACUGGGUGUUUGACAUGUGUUGGCUUGAUGAUCAGUUCCUUGUAUCUGGAUCACGAGACACUCGCAUGGCCUUGUGGAGAGUGCAGUUGGACGAGCUUAUGGAUGGAGAAGAUGGGCCAUCUUAUAAACAUGUUCAUGCUUUGGCUACAAAGGAAUGCAGAUCAGCACAAAAAGUUAGGGCUGUAGCUUUCAACAAGAAUUUCCAGGAAAUUGCUGCCUUGUCUCUUAAUGGUUUCAUUCAUAUAUGGAAUGCUGAAACAUUUGAUCAGAAGUUUUCAAGAAAGCUGCCAUCAUGUCAAGAAAAUGUCUGUCUCGCAGUGCAAGAUACUGGAAUGUAUGCUGUUGGCUGUCGUUCCUACACUCUGCUUUUAGAUGCUCGAACUUUACAAGCUGUGAAAAAAAUAUCAACACGUUAUAGUGGCUGUGGUAUUCGAUCUGCAAGUUUUCAAGACAACAUUCUCACAAUAGGAACCGGUGUUGGUAUACUGAUGUUUUAUGAUUUAAGAGCAGGAAAAUAUCUGGAAUCCAACAUUAAUUCAAGCAGAACAGUCGUGCUGAAAGCGUCGAAAGGUUGGGUGUUUCCAGAUGAUGAGUAUGUAGAUGGUUUUCAAAAUAUCAAGUACACUCCAGCAAUAUAUACCCAUUGCUAUGAUCCAUCAGGGACACGACUUUUCACAGCAGGUGGUCCAUUACCAGCAAAUCUAGAUGGAAACUAUGCUGGAUUGUGGCAGUGAUGUUUGGCUAUUGUAGGUUAUUGUUCAUAAAUGAGACUUUGAAGGAAAUUAAUUGACACAAGUGUACUGCAACAUGUGAAGUGCGUAAAGUGCACUUGCAUUGACUGUUCUCCGCAGUUCCUGAAAUAAAUAUGCAAGAAAUUGGCACUGAUAAACUGAAAUUUACCAAAGAUGAGUUUCAUUUAUUUUUGUGGAGAUACAAUCUGUGGAGCUAUAGAUAUCUGCAUGUGCAUCUUUUGUUCUUUUAAUUCAGCUCAGAAUUUUUUAAUAUUUAUUUGUGUUGUAAAAGUAUUUCCUUUUAAUUUUGGAAUUCUGUUGUCGCAAUACUUUUGUAUUGAAAGAGUGUUGUUUUAUUUAUGGUGUAUCAUUUACAAUUUUGUUAUCUUAAAAUUGAAAUGUUUACAGCUUCAUAGACUGAUUAAUAAUGGAAGGAAAAGAGAGUAACAUUGUUGUGGGUUGUAUAGCUGAUCAUAAUGACACAAGAAGUAGUAAUGAUUUUUAGUCAGUAGUGGUUUCAGGAUAGGGGCAGCCAAAUUGACAAAUGAUAGUGUAUUGAAAAGAGAACUUUAUCAUAGGUCUAUCUUUCAUCUGCUAUUCUGCCAUGUUUUUAUUCUCAGAGAUGAAAUGUUUUCCCUUGAUUGUUUCCAUUUUCCUACCAAUCUGUUCACUUUAUUGUUUGCAGUUGGUAUAUAAUUAUCGUAUGCCAUGUUAUUUUGUGAAAUAAUAACACUCCAUAUGAGAGCAGAUAGUUAACUUUCCAGUAAGUAUUCCAUAAGCCCUGAGGGGAAAAAUGAAAACUCAUUUGUCAACAGAAAAAGAUAUGCUGUUAGCUCACUGAUAAGCUGAGGUUGGCACAAUUAUAUUGUACUUUAAGUAGACAUACUUGAAGUUAAAUUUAUUAUUCUGACGAUAUCCACAAAUUGUGGUUAUUUAAUUGUGAUUAUUUCUUCUAAAAUAGAUGACAUUGUUGUGCUGCAUUCUACAUAAACAUCUUCAACAAUUCUAAAAAAACUCAUAUUGCUGCUUGUCUAACAGAAUUUUUAAAUCAGUUUGGCUGUUUAACAGUUAUUUAUUUAAAAAGUGAUCAUAUACUGAAUUGCAUGUUUAAAAAAAUUUUUUUCGCUAUUCUCUCAUACUGUACUGUAGCAAGUUACAGAGUGGUUUUCAAUAAUAGAGAUCAGUUUAAGUUGUUUAAUAUAAGAAACAGUAUUGUACUGUAUUUUUAUUACUAAUGUGGAAGUAAAAUUAAUCCCUAAGUUACAAACAUUCUCAUGUAUUCGGAAUAAGACUUGUUGAAUGAUAAGACAGAAUCAUUUUGUACAAGAGAAAACCCAGUUUUCUUUGUAUGAUUUAAGCUUCGAUAUGUGGAAAAAAGUGAUGGCAUGACAAGAAAAAAGUACUUUUAAAUAAUUUACAUGUUUAUAUUAUGCUCAGUGUUUCAUAAACCACCAUAUGCUGAGUUAGUGCCAUAUUUCAGCAGCAGAGGAACAACAGCUAUUAGUACAUUCUGUUGUAGAUUCUGACAGUGGCAAGUACCUACAAAUAUAACUAUCCAUUAUCAGUAUCACUUCAAAAGAAACGAACUUUUGUGAAUAGCAAAGAUGUAGAUGAUACCUUUUCACAUAUUUAUUAGUGCCAUCUUUUAAGUUUACAUACAGCAUUAUUAUGGGAGGUACAUCUGCAACAUUAAAUGCAAUCUCUUUUUAUUAUCUUUCUUUGGAAAACACAACAGUAUGUCUGUAAAAGACUAAAGAGAAGUUUACUCUUUUAACCAGAAGAACCAUCAGACACAUUACAAUUUCAAUCAGUGAACAUUGACUAGAAUGUGUCAAGUUGGUCUUAGUUAGGGGGUGUAGUGGAUAAAGUACCAAAAUCAAAUUUGAGAGGAGCAGAGUUAAAAUUCUCACCCAGAUGUAGGUUUUUCAUGAUUUUUCUAAAUCUGUUAAGUCAAAUGCUGAGUGUGUUCGUGUUAGGACAUGGCAGAUUUUCUUAUUGUCUGAGCUUGAGCUCCAGAUAAUGACCUAGUCAUCAGUGAGGCAUUAAUCCCUAUCUCCCUUCUUUCUUCUUUUUACCCUUACACAUUAAGAUUUUCGGUAAAUGCUAAAAUUGACGGGCAUGAUACAUGUCAUGUAGCAGAUUGAAGUUGUUUUUGAAGAAUUUGUUAUUGCAAAGUAUUUCAGAUCCAUUUAUAAUUUUUUUGAAGAUUUUCUGUUGUGAAUCAAGAAGAUGGGAUGCCAAAAAUUAAAGCAUCUGGAAGGUUCUUUUAGCUUGCUGUCUAUACAAUCACUGUUAGAAAUAGGUCUCUGAAUUUGCAAAUGCAAAACUUAUAAAUCUUGGCCCUAUUAGGUCAAAUAUUGAACUGGUAAGAGCAGUGCAAACGAAACAGGUAUUAUCCACUACUAAAUGUAUGUAUACAAAGUACAAAAGAGAACGGAAGGGUACUACAGUUUUGUUUUUUAAAAUAAUGUUUACUAAACUUUGUUUGUGGAAACGAUUGUAUGUUAGAUUAAUUUAUUUUUUGUAAGAUCACUUCACAUUCAUGAAGUCUAACUCCAUGGAGUUUUGUAAUGUAUGUUUGAAGAGUGAUUUAAUUCUACUGUUGUUUAAAUUGUGGGAAUUGAUUGUUCAGUCACAGAAGACUUUUUCACAAUUCAUCAGAGAAAUUAAUUAAAAGGGAACCAGUUAAUAUUUUUAUGAUUAUUUCACUCAUUUUUAUAUAAGUCAUUUUGGAAUUACGUUUCUUGUAUUUAGUAAUUUUGAUCCAGUAGGAGAGGUUUGUAUUUCAAUUUUAAUAUUAUAGCUUACAAUGCCUUUCAUGUGUAAUCACUUUUGUGCACAAUUCCUUUCACAUCACUGUAACAGCUGGCAUUCAUAUUUGACGUGGUACUAAAUAUAUGUGAAUGAAGAACUGUACUUUGUUAUUUUCACAGUCUGCUAUUCAUACUUACUUCGUAAAGAGCUGUCAUAGUGUAGUGUCAUAUUAAUAAUCCUUACAUAUAGUUAAAAAAAAAGGUUUAAAAUGUUA